AUGUCGUCCACCGACGAGAAGAAUGACGUCGAGAAUCGACAAGCAGAUAGUCGUGUCGGGAGCGAAAAAACCAAGAUAGAUGGGGAACAAAAGCCAUACGGACGUUCUUCAUCAUCGAAAUCCAGCCUGACUGAAGUCCUGGGCUCGCCACCUCCAGAACGAAGAUUGAGCAAAGGAUCCGAUAAUCUCGGCCACGAUGCUUUGGAUUCCUUAACAACACAGCACCCCGCGAACGAGGACCCAGAAAAACAAGAGGCAGAGGCUCGCCCUCCCGUAAACCCCAUGAUGGACCCAAGCUCGUUUCCUGACGGCGGAAUUGAGGCAUGGACGGUGGUUUUCGGGGGGUUCUGUGCUUUGUUUGUGAGCUUCGGAUGGAUCACUUGCAUCGGCGUGUUCCAGGAUCACUACCAGAAUAACCAGCUGAAGGCCUAUUCACCUAGCACUAUCGCCUGGAUUCCGUCCCUUGAGACAUGCAUGAUGUUUUUGGUUGCGCCCUUUUGCGGCAAAAUAUUCGACAACUACGGGCCUCGAUAUUUGCUCAUAGGUGGAUCAUUUUUCCAUGUGUUUGGUCUGAUGAUGGCAUCUAUAUCAACCGAAUACUAUCAAAUCCUCCUGGCCCAGGGCAUUUGCAGUGCACUUGGCGCUGGAUCGCUUUUCUAUCCUUGUGUCAAUAGCAUCACAACUUGGUUUUUCAAGAGACGGGCAUUGGCGUUUGGAAUUGCUGCCAGUGGCUCAAGCAUCGGUGGAGUGAUAUAUCCUAUCAUGGUGGCGAAGCUAGUUCCGCAGGUGGGAUUUGGCUGGACUAUGAGGAUUUGCGCCUUUCUCAUCCUGGGCUUAUGCAUCAUUGUAAAUCUGACGGUAAAGUCGAGGAUACCACCUCAGCCAAAGCCGUUCAAAUUCAAGGACUUCAUGACCCCCUUCACAGAGCUGCCAUUCCUCUUGACCACGUCAGGCGCAUGGCUAUCCUUCUUCGGGCUCUUCUUACCGUUCACAUUUAUCGUCUCGACUGCUCGAUACUAUGGGAUGUCGCCACGUCUAGCAGGUUAUCUUGUUUCAAUCAUGAACGGAGCCAGCACGGUCGGACGUAUCCUGCCGGGCCAUGCCGCCGACGUCUUCGGCCGUUUCAAUGUCAUGGUAAUAACCAGUGUACUGAACGUCAUUAUGGUCCUGGCUCUCUGGCUGCCCGCCCGGGGCAACAUCCCCAUUCUCCUGUUUUCCGCUUUUUUCGGCUUUACCUCCGGCGCCUUUGUUUCCCUUAACCCAGCCUUGGUAGCGCAAAUCUCCGACGUGCGCCAGAUCGGUAUACGCACAGGUGUGAUGUUUGCUGUCUCAUCCUUAGCCAGCCUUACGGGAAACCCUAUCGGCGGUGCCCUUGUGGGGAACAUUGAACAACCGACGUUCUGGCGGAUGCAGUUGUUCUCGGGAAUUGUUAUGGCUGGAGGGGCUGUGUUUUAUGCUCUUGCUAGGUUGAGGUUGACUGGUUCGAAGUUAAAGACGAAGUUUUGA